GAAUACUGCACAGACAUACAAAAUUUAGGUUAAUUUUGAUAGCAUGAGCUACAUGCCAAGAUGUUUUUCUCCUCCAACACGACGAACAUUACUUAUCUAGAAAUUAUACUUUUUUUAUCCUUAUCACUGUGGACCAUCUAUGGCGUUAUAUAUCGUCUAUAUUUAAGUCCCAUUGCCAAGUUUCCGGGCCCAAAGCUUGCAGCUUUGACAUCGUGGUAUGAGAUCUACUUCAACGUCGUGCGUGAUGGACAAUGGCUUUGGGAAAUCAAACGAAUGCACGAAGAGUACGGCCCAAUCGUGCGCAUUAAUCCUUUUGAAUUGCAUAUCAAUGAUGUGGACUAUUAUGACGAAUUAUACGCGGGCAAUACCAGAAGACGUGAAAAAUAUCCAUGGUUUGUUAAUGCUGGUGGUUCUCCAGGAAGUUCUUUUGAAACUAUAGGACAUGACCUUCAUCGCCUUCGAAGGAACGCCGUCAACUCUUUCUUCUCCAAGCGAUCUAUUGUGGCUACGGAGCCGCUUAUCAAAUCCAAGUUAUCUCUACUGUCUGAUGUAUUUCAGUCGCAUUGCGCGGAAGCAAAGCCCAUCAACCUUCGAGUGGCGUUCUCGUCCCUUACUUUGGAUGUGAUUUCCGAUUAUUGUUACGGAGAAGCCUUCGGCGCUCUGACUGAUGAGAAUCUGGCUGAAAUUUGGAGCACCACCCUUUCUCAAGUCAUGUCUAUAACGACUAUUGUUAUGCAUUUCCCUAUACUGUAUAAAAUUUUAUCUUGGCUGCCUGAUAGCCUAGCUGGGCCGGUAAUGGGACACCACAGAAAUUCAAGAAAACUAGUGGCACGUAUUUUGAAUCAUGAAGAUGUUGGGGGUCGUCAAAAUACAAUAUUCCACGAACUCCGCGAUAGUAAUCUUCUUCCUCCCGAGGAAAAGACUAUUAAGCGCUUGGCUGAUGAUGGAAACAUCAUGGUUGGAGCUGGAGGUGAGACUACGGCUCAAACUUUAGCCGUAUUGUUUUAUCAUCUCCUGGACAAUCCAGAAAUGCUAUUGAGAGUCAAGGAUGAAAUUAGCACCUUGGGUGAAGACAUUACAUGGGGGCGAUUGGAAAAUCUACCAUUUCUGUCGGCGGCUGUGACCGAAGCAUUGCGUCUGUCAAGCGUGGUAACCUCACGUCUCCCUAGAGUCGCACCUAAUGAAGACAUGAAGUUCCAGGAAUGGACAAUUCCUGCUGGUACACCAACAAGCAUGUCUUACUAUAUGAUCCACUACUCCCCCGAGAUUUUCCCCUCUCCUAAUGAAUUCGAGCCCGCCCGCUGGCUUACAGAUUCAGUCUCAGACGAUUCGGCAGCCAAAGAUACAGUGCGCAAACAUAGACUAGACAAGUAUUUUGUACCUUUUUGCAAGGGGACCAGAAUAUGCCUUGGUAUGAACCUAGCGUAUGCAGAGUUGUUUCUCACAACAGCGUAUAUACUCAAACGUUUUGAUCUUGAGCUCUAUCAAACUACGAAGAGAGAUGUGGAAAUCAAGAGAGAUCGUUUUGUUGCAGCGCCAGCAUCAGGAAGCAGAGGUAUUAGGGUUAUAGUCAAGCAUGAUAACGGGGAGUAAAGAAGCGGCGGGGUGCAAAAUUUGAAAUAGUUAUUCAGCUCUGUUGAAACUCUAUCGGGCGUCUGUAUUGCACUUAGGAGCUUGAACCACCCGUCUUUCCGCUCGUUAUUUCGGGGUAAAGAGUUUUUGUUCCAUAACUAUGCGAUUGCCUGCUAUAAGGAGAUCAUCAGACAAUUUCGGGUAUUAGGAUCUACAAGGGAGUUUCGUCUCGUCUGCUGGAUGGGUAACAAUCUCGUCUUGUAAGGUGAUGAGGUCUGAAACCUGUUCCAUUGGUACCACUGUUCCAUCCCUUUUCUGAAAAGUCCAUCGUAGAUUCGCUUUCAGACAAUUCACCAUGACUUCGAUAUCA